AUGGACAUGGCUGCUGCGCCACUGAACUUCCCCUCUAUAUUUAACAGAUCAAUUAAGAUUUUCCUGAGUACGAUUGUAUCUGAGGGUACAGCAGUGAACCGCAGAGUAUUAGCGAAUUUAAAGCGUGAAGGAGAAUUGAGGUCCUGGAGGAAAUCCGACUUCUGUGGAAUUUUGCCAAGAAAAGAUAAGAGUGGUGGUGGAGGCUUAGUUUUGAUUCGCAGUUCGUCACUGUUGCCGCUUGUUGUCGUGGAAUUGGACCUCUGUGAUACAGUGGACUGGGUUGUUUGUGCAUAUCGUUCACUCUGGAGCUUGGAGAAGUGGUGGUCUAUGAAUAUAUAUAUAUAUGGCCCGUGUUAG